AUGAUCAAUUUCGCAAAGUGCUUGGCGGUUUUUCUUAUGCUGCAAACGUGCUCCGCGAAUUACACAGAAUCUCUGUCACAGCAGCGAGAAAAGCGAUAUGUGUCAUUCAGUCCAAACGGCGGGACUGCCAAAAUUAUUCUCGGUUCACUUUGGCCGGUCCAUUUUCAUCACAAAUUGACUCGCAGCAUCAACAUGGCUAUGAACUUUCAAGCCAACUAUAACAUACCAUCGACGAUCAUCUGGCCAGUGCCGACCAGCAUCUUCAAAAACCGACUGAACAACGACUAUGUAGACAACAGUCGCAUCCAGCUGUACCAGCUUCUUGAAAGGAUGUUCGAUUCUUACGGCACCAAUGGGCAUGAAUGUGUUUUGCGAACAAUAUGCGAGGUAGCCGAAACGCCGCUCUACGAUAGUGGCGUUUUUGGUGAACUGAUGGAUGUAAUUUUUACACCAUACAAAUCGGAACAACUGGACCAAAGCUACUACGAUGCACGGUUACAAGGCCUGAAUGGAACGAAUUGUGUUGAACUCUAUGAGCGGUGUCCAUUAGGGUCUGGGUUGCUGGAAAAACUGUCCAUCUUAUAUUCUACCUUUGGUUGA